AUGAGGUUACUCCUUUUCGCUGUGUUUCUUUGUGCAUGGGCGAAGAAACGUCAUCAUAGCAGUGAAGAGGAGGAGGAAAGCACUUCAUCUCCAGGAGAAAAGAUCGUGGAUCGUUUGGCUGUGAACUUGGCAGGAGCAUUUGUGAAAUCCAUGUUUCCUGAGAUGGAUCGAGUCGAAAAGAAGAGCACCGACGUUAGUUUUCAUUGCUUUUCUUUGAGCACUUUACCGUUCACAAGUGUAUAAUU